CCGGCGAGGGCCAGGGCAGUGCAAGGAGAGGUCUGCUGCUCGGAGCUGAAGAUGCUGCUGCUGCUCCCGCUGUGGCUGUUGCUGCCGGAGUUGGCCCUCCUGGCGCCGGCUCAGAAGUUUUCAGCGCUCACGUUUUUAAGAGUGGAACAAGACAGAGACAAAGAAUGUAGUCUGGAAUGCACAGGUUCCCCUCAGAAGUCCUUGUGUGCAUCCGAUGGCAGGACUUUCUUGUCUCGAUGUGAAUUUCUACGGGCAAAAUGCAAAGAUCCUCAGCUAGACAUUGCCUACAGGGGAAACUGCAAAGAUGUUUCACGAUGUGUGGCAGAGAGGAAAUACACCCAAGAACAAGCACGCAAGGAGUUCCAGCAAGUAUUCAUCCCAGAAUGCAGUGAUGAUGGGACUUACAGCCAGGUUCAAUGCCACAGUUACACAGGCUACUGUUGGUGUGUCACCCCUAAUGGUCGUCCAAUUGGUGGUACAGCGGUAGCACAUAAAACUCCACGUUGCCCAGGAUCUCUAAAUGAGAAGCUGCCACAGCGUGAAGGUACAGGAAAAACAGAUGAUGCCUCAGCUCCUGCGCUGGAGCCUCAGCCCCAAGGAGAUGAAGAAGAUAUAGCUUCUCGCUACCCUACAUUAUGGACUGAGCAAGUAAAGAGCAGACAAAAUAAGACCAAUAAAAAUUCUGCAGCAUCAUGUGAUCAAGAGCUCCAAUCAGCACUAGAAGAAGCUAAACAGCCCCAGAAAGAUAAUGUAUUCAUUCCAGAGUGUGCUAAUGGUGGGCUUUAUAAAUCAGUGCAGUGUCACCCAUCCACAGGAUAUUGCUGGUGUGUCCUUGUUGAUACAGGACGCCCAAUUCCUGGUACAUCCACAAGAUAUGAACAGCCAAAGUGUGAUAACAGUGCUAGAGCUCACCCAAGCAACACAAGAGACGUGUUCAAAGGGCGCCCAUUGCAAGGUUGUCCUGGUGCCAAAAAGAGUGAAUUUCUGACCAGUGUUCUAGAUGCACUUUCCACAGAUAUGGUGCAUGCUGUCUCUGACCCUGGAGUAUCUUCCAGCAGGCUUUCAGAACCAGAUCCAAACCAUACCCUGGAGGAAAGAGUUGUUCAUUGGUAUUUUAAGCAACUGGAUAAAAAUGCUAGUGGUGAUAUAGGCAAAAAAGAAAUCAAACCUUUUAAGAAAUUCUUGAGGAAAAAAUCCAAGCCCAAAAAAUGUGUGAAAAAGUUUGUGGAAUACUGUGAUGUGAACAAUGACAAAUCUUUGACAGUUCCAGAACUAAUGGGUUGUCUGGGUGUAACAAAAGAAGACAAUAAAGCAGAUACAAAAAAACGUCAUACAGUUCCCAGAAGACAUGCUGAAAGUACUCCUUCUAACAGGCAGCAAUCCUCAAAGAAGCAAGGCUGAACACUUCAUAGCCAAGGCAGAUCUCUCGGAUAUGUGCGAGAUUCCCUCACCAAAGGUCAAUAAAGAGCAACCAUAGUAUUUGCACUUUGUACUUUAAAUGUAAAUUCACUUUGUAGAAAUGAGAUAUUUAAACAGACAUUUUUUUAAAAAAAAUCUGUGAAAAUGUAGUAACAGCUUAUUUUUAAAAAAUUACCACAUACAAUGUAUGUGCCUUUUUUGUUGUCUGAAAUCUAUGUCUUGAAGAUGUAAAAGUUUGCAUUUAAUCUGUUCUUAAAAGAAUUAUGUUCUGUCUUGUAGAAGCUAACUUUAUAGAAUGUAUAUGUGUGCGUGUGUUUGUGUGUGCAUAUAUAUACAGUAUAUACACACAUACAUACACACAUACACAUUUUCAGUAGAAUUGCUUAUUUUUAUGUAACCUUUAAUAUUAUUGAAUCAGCUUGAUCUGAAGACGACUAAACUCACAAAGUCACAUAAUCUAUGUUUGAGGUUGCAUGUUCUUAAAGUCACAUAAAAGAUUAAAAAGUUUUGGUGAUUUAUGUACAGAGAUUUUAGAAAGAGUUUAGGGUGCUUUUGUUGAAAAGAUGAAUACCUUUUUCUCAAAAAUACAGUUGUACAGCUAGACUACAACCACACUAGUUUGAAAAAACACACACACACACACUUUUGUCUUUUUGAAUUUCCUAUAAUUUCUAGAAGGCAAGAGUAUAUGUUUAUUUUAGUUUCUAUCAUUUUGUUUUGGGAUGGUUCAAUCAGCCAGUAAAGGGAAAGAAAGUUCAUUCUGUCACUCAGAACUGAUUCUGUUAAGUCACAGAAUAGCAGUAAAAGGACACAUUUAUUUAGCAUUGUUGGUGUAAUUGUAAGAAGACAAAGAAACUAAAACAGACUUGUCCGUCUUUGCUGUUUCUUACACAUGGAUAGGCUAAGAUAUGAGACUUAGGAGCCCCAGGUCUUGGACAAAUUAUGUACGGUUAUGUAAGGAGAUGAAAUUAGGCCAAGCUCUCCCUUGGGGCAUUUCUCUUGCCAUCUGGGAGAUGAUCUUACAAGUUUUCAUACCUUUCCUUCCAACCUGUUGGGAGGUAGGAUUUUUCAGUUCAUUUCUAUAAUGCCUUAAAGGAACAAGAAUUUGUAGAUGUGCCCUUGACACCAAAAGCUUUUAAAGAAGAAAAGAAGCAUUUGGAAAACCUUAACUUUUUGAUUUUGGACAGAUUUUAGCCAAAGAGACCAAACGGAUAAAGUAACUGAUUGUAUAUAUUUAAAAAGUAAAGAGGAUAGCUGUAAUUGUUAACAAUGACCAAUAUUCUUUUCAGUUCAGUAAUGGAAGUUUUGUUUGAUAAUAUGUAGAAUAGUUUUUGGUGAUUGUGUUUUGAUUUGGUCUCUACAGUAUAUUGUAUUUAUAUCUACAUUUAUAAAUUGCCUAAUAAUGUGUGAUUAGACGGCUUUAUUCAGAUUCAAUUUGAGCAAUAUAAAAUGGGUUUUUAUCCAGACAUUUGGGUAUGAGAAGAUAACCAUGAUGCAUAGGAAUUUUUAUGUCUUUUUAAAAAUCCUUUUGUUACUUAGAAUUUGAUACUUUUUUAAAAUAAUGCUAAACUUUGAAUUUAAACUAUUUAGAUUAAAAAUAUAGUGUGCUUCAAAAAGUGUUUUUGUUGUUUGUGGCUCUUAUAUAACUUUAUAUAUUUACUUGAUUCUUAACAGAUCAGUAGAUGCAUAUUCUGUUUCCACAAAAUAUUAUACCUGUUUUUUUAAAAUGAACAACAAAGAUUGAAGACCUAAUUUAUGGAAUAGUCAAAUAUUUCAUACAAUCAUCUAAAUAACCAAUUGUGAAUUUCAAUAUGUAUUAGAGAUUGACAAAUACUGGAUUUCCUUUAGUAAUAAUUUCACACCACACGUUCCUAAUAACACUUCUUGUAAAUUGUUGUGUGAAUUGUGGCAUCUAGAUUAAUAUGAAACACACAGAUUAACAGAAUAUGCAGAUAUAUAAUUCUAUUGUCACAAAUUGCUCUUAGGAAUACCUAUAGUUGUACCUAUAGUUGUAUAUAGCUGUGUACUUAAAAGAGUGUAAAAUGAAAAUAAGAACAAAAGCAAAGUAGUUUUGCAGAGUCAGAGGAAGAAAGCAACAUCAGUAUUCAAUUUCCAGGCCCCAAAGGUACAAAAGUUUUGGCUAGGCAGUUCUGGGUGAUCAGAGCUGAUCAGGAAUGAAAUUUCAAUCAAUUGUAAAUAUUUUUUUAGCUUUACCAUGAUUGUCAAGCUUGAACUGCACUGAAAUUAAAAUAUCACUAGGACAGAAUGAGGUUAAAUGAGUUUUAAAAUACAUUAACAAACAGGAGGAAGAAAAUAUAAGAAGGCUGCUGACAGAUUUCUUGUGCUAGAAGAAACAAAUUAAAGAUAUCUAAAUCUGCAAGAUGACUCAACUUGGCAUUUCCCAAAGAUGUUUGCCUUUUUAUAGUCUGCCAGAAAGGACAGAUUAGUGCUGGUUACUCCUUGACAAAGGCAAUUUAGAAAUACACCUGAUAUAUUUACAUUUGGGUUUUAUGCUGUUAGAGCAACUUAUAUUAAAACUGGUGUCAAAAAAAUUCCUUCAAUGUAGAGAGUGAAAGGUUUAUUGCAUUAGCUUAUUUUUUUAAAGAAAACAAAUUGAGGUAAUUAGGGAGUAAUUACUUCAACAUUGAAUGCAAAGAAGUUAACUUCAUUGAUUCCUGAAACAUUAGACUGAUUACAGUAAAUGACUGAUGUAAACUGUGCUCACUGUCCCAAUAACUUAUUGUAUUUUUGUUAACCAAAAACAUAUGUGAAAAGCAUUCAACAAAAAGAACAACUUAGUUUUCUUUCUCCGAUAAAAGCCUUCCUGGGUUGUUGAUCUGUGUGAUACUGGCCUCCUUAAAUAAAUGCCAGGAAAUGUUUGGAAAAAUGGGUGCUGCUUUUGGGCCAGUGCCAGCCAGUACUAAGUGGUACAUGGACUUAUUGUCCCCUUUGUUUCCUGGACUUCUCCCUUCCAAAAUAAAAUAUUCUUAUAUUUCAUAAUAUGUAAGCAAUCCAGGAGAAGCCUUAUUAAACGACCAAGAGAAGACAAAUGUCUAUUUUCUUAUUAUUGUUUCAUUACGCAUUCUAGUCAGCCCAUGCACUACUAAGCUAUUUGUGCAGUAGGCAUUUUUAGUAAAUCUGUAAGAUAAGUAGAUAGAUAAGAAGUAAAGAAGCUGGUAGGACUCAAACAAAUCUUAGCUGUUGUUUGGAAAACCUCAAGUGACUUCACUCCACCUAUGCCGGAAUGUUUGUUACCGCUUUGCUUUCAGAUAUGAAGUGUUUGUUACUUCUUACUUUUAAAGGUUGCUAUGGGUUGGGCCCAAUUUGCCCAAGUAAUGUGUUCUACGUAAUUCUCCUUCUUCCACUGGUGACCUUCUGAGGAUUUUAAUCUCUUGUUCCUGCAAAUUAAUUUCAUAACCAUUUAGGAGUGAUCCUUUCCUUACAGCUUUUGGAAUGAACUUUCAGCUAAUCUGAGGAUGCUCGCUCAUUUUUUUAAACAGGUCUUUCAUUGCUGAUUAUACUGAUUUUAACAUUGGUUUAAUAAUUGUACUGUAAACCACUGAUAAACUGGUAGAAUUUAAUAAAUAUAU